AAACUGGACUGCAGAGACUGGAACGAAAUUAGAACUUUCCACUUUAGAAAUUACAUAUUUUUAUUUUGUUUAAUUAAUAGUAUAAAACUUCUUAUUACUUUACCCCUCAAAUGUUAGAUAGUGACAAACUAGUGACAUAUAUAUUUCUGUGUAAAUAAAAGGAAAUGUAAAAAGAAAAUAAGUAAAAGUUAUAAUUUUUCAAUUAAACUUUUAAAUAAGGUAUAAAACAAAUUAUACAUUAUGAAAAUCGUACUAGCAGUAUUAAUUGUGUUAGCAUGUAUCUUCUUUCGCGAUCAUUUAGAAUCUUUACUUAAUAAGUUAGCACAAUCUAUUCAUGUUAAUAAUACUGACAGUGUUAAUAUCUUCACACCGGAACAACUUUCGCUUUAUGAUGGGGUGCAACAUAAAAAAAUAUAUCUCUCGCUGAUGGGAUCUAUAUUCGAUGUCACCGCAGGUGUGAGGCACUAUGGACAAGGGGGCCCAUACAGUUAUUUUGCAGGAAAAGAUGGAUCUCGAUCAUUUAUAACAGGUGAUUUCAAAGACGAAAGUGCCAACAAGGAUAAUGUCUUGGACCUUUCUUGUGACGAUCUGUUCACAUUAACAAACUGGAAGGAAACUUUAAGAGAAAAGUAUUUACCCGUUGGUGUUUUAGUAGGCAGAUAUUAUGAUACAAAUGGUAAAGAAACUGUAUAUUUGAAGCAGUUCUUAUCUAAACAGUCACAAUGUGAAGCUGAACGACAAGCAGCCAAGUUGGAAGAGCAAACAAUGCCGCCUUGUAACAUGGAAUGGAAUGCGGAUACUGGUACAAGAGUCUGGUGCACUAAAACAAGUGGCGGUGUAAAAAGGACAUGGAUUGGUGUGCCACGGCAAUUUUACUCUCCGGGGAAAGAACACCCUCGUUGUGUUUGCGUCAACUUGGAGCAUAGUGCUGAUUUGGGAUUGCUAAAGGAGUAUGAAGGGUGUCCCAUCACUUCUAUUGAGUGUACAUUUAAGAGUGCUUGAGAUUUUUCUACAAAUAAAUACAUGUAGAAUUUACACCAGACUCGCGACAGUUGUAAUAAAUUAGUAACUUUGAGCUUUGUAACACAAAAUUGAAUGCCCACGCUCAAACUGCAUUCCACUGCGCCGCUAUCGCUCUUACUGCAUAUGACUUAACAGUACACUAUUUUUCCCUCACCCCUAUGUAAAAAUUAAAGAGAAGGCAGGAAAACAAAACAUAUAAUACUUAACCUUUUUACAAACUAAUCUCAAUAAAUCCAACUCAAUAUUUAAUAUAUAUGUAUAUAUAGAUCUAUGUUAAGUUAUAAUACUUGUCUGAAUAUUACUUAUAAAAAUAUUUGGCAAAGCUCUUUGGAAAUUUUUUACUUACAUUCCAUUUGACAUAUUUUAAGAUUUAAGCAGUAUUAAAGCAUACUUUUGUCAUUUUUGGCUGUAGGGUGGCUAUUAUUCAUCUACAAUUAAUGUUUUCUAGUUUAGAUCUGUAAAUCCUAAAAAAAAAAUAUUUUUGAAAACGUUGUAUUUUAGAAUUAAGAAAUAGAUGUUAAUGUGAAUCUCAGACUUUUCUGAAUAAAAUGAUAUGAUGUACAGUAGUUUUCUUAUUGUUUUUUUAAGCAUUUUCCUAGAAGUAUUUGUUAUGGAGAAAUAUAUACUUAAGAAUAGACUGUAAUU